AUGAUACGAUUCAGAAGAAAAAGACUAAUAACUUUACUACUGCUCCUGUUACUAGUAAUAAGUCUCCCGUCAUUCACACUGCAUAGAAAAUGGAAAAAUAAACAUGAUCCCACAAACAUCCCUUAUUCUCAACAAGAUAUAUUCUCAGAGAGAGAUGAACCCUUCCAUCGUGGCUGUAAUGAUAUCAAUUCAUAUUUGGAAGACCCCUCUUACAAGAAAAUGAACUCUACAUUCGUCAUGUUGACUAGAAAUGAAGAAUUACAAGAUGUAAUCAAAACUAUGAAAUCCAUCGAAUCACAUUUCAAUCAAUGGUUCCAAUAUCCAUAUGUCUUUUUGAAUGAUAUCCCAUUUACUAACGAAUUCCAACUAGAAAUUGAAAAUUUGACUCAAUCUAAAGUUUAUUUUGGAACGAUUGAUGAAUUAGAUUGGGAAUUCCCUAAAGAAGUUAGAGAAUCAUUUGAAUUUAAGAAUGCUUUAGAGGACCAAGCUGAUCGUGGUGUUAUGUAUGGUUCAAUGGAAUCAUAUCAUAAGAUGUGUAGGUUUUAUUCCGGAAUCUUUUAUAAACAUCCAUUGAUGAAACAAUUUGAAUGGUACUGGAGGAUUGAACCAGAUGUAGAUUUCUUUUGUGAUAUUACUUAUGAUCCAUUUUGGGAAAUGCAUCAAAGGGGCAAAAAGUAUGGGUUUACUAUAUUUAUUUCUGAGUUGUAUUGGACAGUUCCUAAUUUGUUUAGAGUUACAAAGAGUUUUAUUAAUGAUUUCGGUUGGAAAGUUGGUACAUUAUGGCAAUUAUUUGUUUGGAACUAUAAUAUUUUGGAUGUUAAGGAUUAUCGGGAUAAUACUUAUGAUAAGGAUGAAUUACAACGAUGGAGUAAUGAUGUUAAUGAUAUUAAUGAACAUUUAUCUGAAAAUGUGGCCAUUGAUUAUUUAUUAAAUGAUAAUAUUGAUAAUGAAGAAGGUAUGAAAUAUUUGAUUUCUAAGGCACAAUCCAAGAUACCAAUUUUUGAAGAUAAAUUUGAUGAAGAGGAAUUCAAUCUAUGUCAUUUUUGGAGUAAUUUUGAAAUUGCAAGAUUAGAUGUGUUUGAUAAUGAUGUUUAUAAUUCUUAUUUCCAAUAUUUAGAAUCAUAUGGUGGAUUUUGGAGUGAAAGAUGGGGUGAUGCACCUAUUCAUUCCCUAGGGUUAGGACUGACAUUGAAUUUGGAAGAUGUUCAUUAUUUUAGAGAUAUUGGUUACAGGCAUUCCAUUUUACAACAUUGUCCCAAAAAUUAUGAAAAGGAGAAAGAUGAAAAUGAUAUACCAUAUUAUGAAUUUGAUUCUCAAUAUAAACGUGAUAAAAACAAGAUGAAAUAUGAUAAAAGUUCUGAUAUUGGUAUUGGAUGUCGAUGUCAAUGCCCAAAGGGGAAAGAGGAUGUAGAAGAUACAUCUUAUCCAUGUAUGGAUAUUUGGUUAGAAUUGUUAUAUGAUGAAAAUCCUGAACGUGUAUUUAAGGAUGGAUCAUUUGUUCAACCAUUUAAUGCAAAAGAAUUUGAAAACGGUAUUCGUGAAGAUUUCUUACAAAGCUGA